AUGAACGGAAACAGCGGCUUGGUCGCCUGUGCCCUCCUGUUCUUUGUAUUCCAGGUUGAAUCUGGGAGGGUGCUGCGCGGGAUGGCGGGCAUAGCCUGGAGCAUCCGAAGCAUGGGUGGGGAACCCGUCAAAGCCGCGCCGCACAUGGGCCGGCCAGCGGCGGCUUAUCGCGGCUCACCGCGGCCAUCACACUCGGCCGGCGCCUUUCCGCUUGCGAUUGGCAUCUCACCUCAACGCUGUACCGCCGACUCUACGCUUUACCGCUGCCAACCUCUCCUUCUACUUCGGGACGCUACUGCCAGGUAUCGAAGCCAUUCUAGGAUGGCGCCCGUCCCGUCACGAAUUGCCUAUGCGCAAGGACUGUGGACAGAGACAGGAUCUAGAGACUACCCCCGCCCGGGAGGGCAGGUUGGCCAGUGA